ACCUUUUCUACACAAAACUCCCUGUCGCCCUCGCCCCAAGUCCCUCAGGCUUUCUACUUCGCGAGCAAAGAGGGAUCUAUUCAAUGCCCAAGAAGAUCUUUUUUGUCCUUUUUUGUCCUUGUUUCUUCGUUCUUCUUUAACUCUGUGAUACAUUACUCGCAAGACCUCAUUACACCAGCGCCCUACUGUUUCUCAAAGUCUUGAGCCUCGAAAACUGCGACGACUCCAUCCCAUCAGCAUUCGGCACAUACUCAAGAUAACAAGGGAAUCAAGAGGAUUUUGGCGAUCAUCUAGCUACUAAAGCCUAAUAUAUACAUACAACUCUUCAGUCAUCCCAGUCAUGGAUGGCUCACGACACUCGCCUGGCCUCGGGCCACGCCACGAUGCUUCAUCGCGGGUGCAAAAGACGGAAUCAGUAGCGGACAAGAUGGCCGCUCUCAAGGCAAGGGUUGCCGCCGCUAUCGGUAGCACCAAGGCGAAAGGAGGGCUCAACGUCGGUCUUCAUCCGGCUCUGGAGGAUCUGGGGUCAUGGAAGCCACCCAGCCGAACAGCCGAUGCACGAUCCUCUUCGCAACGAUCACUCGACGCAACAAAGUCCCCAGCCUUUAAUAAGAAAAGCGCGUCACCCAGCCUCGGCAACGAACAUCGCGGCAAUCCGUACUUCGACGAGCAACUUGCAACACAGCCCACCAGCGGCAAACAACGUCAGCCUCGUCAGCUCAUCUUCAACCAGAAGGGCAAAUACAUACAACAGGCCAACGCCCUAAGGCGGCAGGCCGCCUUGGAGGCCAUGAAGAAACGGAUCGCGGAUCAGACGAGGAGGGCCGGCAUCGAGGAGGAGAUGGACAUGGAGAAGAAUUUCGUGGUCGAGGCGCCGCCCGAGAUCGAAUGGUGGGACGAGGGCUUGGUCGACGGAAACUACGACAACAUUGAAGACGCGUCCCGGCUCAAGAUCAACACUCCGGACACCAUCGUCACGGAGUAUGUCCAGCACCCCGUCGUGCUGGAGCCGCCCCAGGAGCGAAAGGCGGCGCCGACGAAGCCCAUGUACCUGACGCCCAAGGAGCAGGCGAAGCUGCGGAGGCAGAGGCGGAUGGCGGAACUCAAGGAACAACAGGCCAAGAUCAGGCUAGGGCUGGUACCGGCGCCGCCGCCCAAGGUCAAGAAGAGCAACAUGAUGCGGGUCUACGCGGAAGCAGCGGUCAAGGAUCCGACGGCGGUGGAGACGAUGGUCAACCGGCAGAUCGCGGAGCGACAACAGAAGCACGUGGAGACCAACGAAGAGAGGAAGCUCACGAAGGAGGAGAGGCAGGAGAAGCUGGCGGCGAACCAGGAGAAGGACGCGGCCAAGGGGGUCCACGUGGUGGUGUUCAAGAUCGACAGCCUCGCCAACGGGCAGCAGCGGUUCAAGAUUGGCAAAAACGCGGAGCAGCACGCGCUCACGGGCGUCUGCAUCAUGCACCCGCGGCUGAACCUGGUCGUCGCGGAAGGCGGCGAGCAUAGCAUCAAGAAGUAUAAGAAGCUGAUGCUCGAACGCAUCGACUGGACGGAGAACGUCCCCUCGCGGGACAAGGGAGCACGGCAACAGGCCGCGCGGGAGUGGCUGUCGGCGGAGACGGAGGAAGGGGAGCUCAAGGACAUGUCGCAGAACCAGUGCAAGCUGGUGUUCGAGGGCGAGCAGAAGACGAGGGUGUUCCGUAAAUGGGGCAGCAAGGUGUGCGAGUCGGACGGCGAGGCGAAGGAGGUCCUGUCCCGGACCAAGAUGGAAACUUUCUGGACUCUGGCUAAGAGUGUGUAGACUAAGGUAGCAUAUGAUGGAGAUAACCAUGUCUGGGGCUGCUGUGUGCAAGGCUAAUAGAGUGUUGCAUCGUCCUGCAUGUGGGACAUGCCGAGGACGUACCAUCUCCCCGAUCCUCUGUUUUGCAUGUUUUUGAUGUCUCGAUCUCGAUUUACUUACUGGCUCCGAAUUCGUAAUCCCAG